UUCCUAUGCAGCUACAAGGAAACCGCUCACUUCAGGAAACCGAGUGAGUUGGCUGCCUCUCGUAAAUGAAAUCACAUCAUCAUGUCAGAGGGUCAAAAUGGAAAUCCAUCAGUGGACGUGGACGUGGACGUUGCUUUUCUCAAAUCCAAGAGGGGGAUCCUGAAAGUGGCAGAGAUGGUGACGCUACUUGUGGCUUCUGUGUGUUUCGCUGUUGCCUCCACACCAGCGUACAGUGCAGCCACAGGGUUGGAGUUUCUGAUCACUUUACUUCUGCUGCUGCUGUAUGUGCUCAGACUCAACAAGAGGCUGACUUUCUUCUUUUGGCCUCUCGUUGAUGUUUUCAACUCAGUGUUUGCGGCAGCCUUCUUUAUUGUCUUGAACCUGAUGGCUGUGACUUCAUAUGCUGUCGCAGGCAGUCUGGUUGGAGGGAUAGUCGGCCUCCUGUCAGCUGGGCUGCUGUGUGUCGACGCUUACACACUCUUCAAGAACAUCACGUUCAACAAGCCGAGGAGCGAAACCCAGAGUCAAGACAACAAGUGACCACAUCAGUGACAGUAAAGGCGCAGCCCGCAGUGUACCGCGCAUUCAUAAGAUCAUAACUGAUGACUUUCCAUUGGGCUCUGAAGCGGGAAUAAUCGAGCUGAUCGCAAACUGCGUGCAAAGUGUUCGUCAUAGUUCAGAUUCCAGCUGUUAUUCGGACUGUAAAGAUGUUUAUUAUUAUUAUUAUUAUUAUUAUUAUUAUUAUUAUUAUUAUGUGGAAAAUAUUCGCUGACCUAAAUCUCACAGCAAAUGUCAAUAAAGAUUGUUGUCCGCCCCGUGUGA